GCACCAAACCAAACCAAACCAAACCAAGCGCAAGAUGUGUGUGAGUCUGCCUUGAGGGAACGGCACAGGAAAAGCAAAUUCUGUGAAUACAUAUUUAUGAUUGAAAGAUAUUCCAAACAACAAAAGGGGACCACAGUAAGUGGAUGUCAAUAAGAAAAGCAAUUAGCAAGAACUCGUUUCACAAAGAGAAACCGUCAAUCGUUUGUUACGAUCCGUAAGAGUAGAAUUUGAGCGUAGAACAAGCAGGUCCAGCUGUUAUGGACAUGGUGAUCACGAAUUUGCAACAACAACGUCAACUGACGGAGCAGUUGCGCCGGGAGGCUGCUUUAAAGCGAAUCACGGUGAGCAAAGCUGUCGAGGACAUCAUGAAGUACAUCACCGAGCACGAGCAAGAAGAUUGUCUGUUGGUUGGUUUUUCGUCGCAAAAGUCCAAUCCCUUUCGUGAAAAAAGCACAUGUAUCGUACUUUAAGCCUUCUUGCUUGCAAUGAGAAUGUGGGAGAAAUGUUGGAAAGAGUGUCAUUUUAGACUGCCUGGUUACGAGAACAAGGAUAUUCAUAGUUGUAUAGGAUUUAUUAUUAAUAAGUAAAUUAUUUUAUGAUACUUUUAAGAUUGUCAGAGAAGUGUGUAAAAUCUAGUUUCAUAUCUUAAUCUUUGCUAUAUAUAUUUAUAAUACAUUUUAUAUCAAAUUUAAGAAUCUGUAUAACAAUUUAUGGAACUUUCAGAAUCUCUUAUUGAGCAAAAUUUUCAUAUAUAUAAUUCUAAUUCUCUGAUGGCCUACUUGAAACUAAUGUGAUUGUAACAAUAGAUUUGAACACAGAUAAUAUAUAUUAUAUACGUGCAUACACUCAUGAUUAAAAGAAAAUACUUAAAGGCAAUUUAAUUUGUACGUAAUUGUCAAGUUACAUUCUUUAUCUUUCAAAAACUAUUUUGCAAUGGGUAAAAGAAAAUAUUAUUUGACACUUAUUUGAAAUUAAUUUGGAUAAUAUAGUUUUUAUUUUAUGCAAUAGUUUUAAGCAUAAGAAAAUAAGAUAUUAUCUGUGUUUAAUUCUUUAUAUAGUAAGUCAGUUCUAAUGCCUUCUCAGUGCCUUUAUACUGUUAUCCAAGUGCCUACAUUGAAAUUUAAACUAAAUACAAUAGAGAAAAAGAGUGUAAAUAAUGUUAAGCCUUACAAAUGUUAUAGAAACAUACUUCAAAGAAACAGGAAUUUUUUUUAACAUAAAACUAUAGAUCUGUAUUUUAUCAAAAAAUAUGA